UCCCUCCCACACAGAGCUUGCUUAUAGAAUCAUAGCUAUUAUGCCUUCUAUAGACGUUUCCGAUUAUGUGCUGGAGGCUCCGAAGAAGGAGAAGAAGAUGAAAAAGUCGAAAAAGGAGUCCAUAACCGACUCUCCGAUUAGUGAGAAGAAGAGCAGUAGCAAGAAAGAGUCAAAGCUGAAGAAGCGGAAAGCGCUGGAUAUGGAGGCCGACGACGAAGACAGGAGCGACACCAGCUCCGAGCUCGGCGAGCCUGUCAAUUUGAAGCCCAACGGCGAUUCUUCGGUGGAGAAGAGCAAGAAGAAAUCGAAGAAGGCCAAGGUGGAGGAGGAGGAAGAGGAAGAGGAGAAGGUUGAGGUGAAGAAGGAUGAUCCUAAUGCUGUAACCAAGUUUCGGAUUUCGGCGCCGUUGAGGGCUAAGCUGAAGGAGAAGGGGAUCGAGGCCUUGUUUACGAUUCAGGCCAUGACGUUCGACACCAUUUUGGACGGGGCGGACUUGGUGGGCCGGGCUCGCACCGGUCAGGGUAAAACUCUGGCUUUUGUGUUGCCUAUAUUGGAGUCGUUAACAAAUGGUUCUGCUAAAGAAUUUCGAAAGACUGGAUACGGCAGAGCACCGACUGUUAUUGUUCUUUUACCCACCAGGGAGUUGGCCAAGCAGGUGUUUGCGGACUUUGAAUUUUAUGGUGGUGCUGUGGGGUUAGCAUCGUGUUGUGUAUAUGGUGGAUCUCCUUACGCAGCUCAAGAAUAUAAGUUGAAGAGAGGGGUUGAUGUCAUUGUGGGAACACCUGGUCGUAUCAAGGAUCAUAUUGAGAGGGGGAAUAUAGACUUGAGCACUUUGAAGUUUCGGGUCCUUGAUGAAGCUGAUGAAAUGCUGAGGAUGGGUUUCGUUGAUGACGUUGAACAAAUUCUAGGCAAGGUCAAAGAUGUAACUAAAGUUCAAACGCUUCUCUUCAGUGCAACCUUACCCUCUUGGGUGCAAAAUAUUUCCAAAAGGUUUCUUAAAUCAGAUAAGAAAACUGCAGAUCUGGUUGGUAAUGAAAAGAUGAAGGCCAGCGUCAAUGUUAGGCAUAUUGUUCUUCCUUGCUCUAGUUCAGCUAGAGUAGACGUUAUUCCUGACAUCAUUCGUUGUUAUAGCAGUGGAGGUCGCACUAUUAUUUUCACUGAGACAAAGGAUUGUGCUUCUGAGCUUUCUGAGAGGUUGCAUGGAGCAAGACCUUUGCAUGGGGACAUACAGCAAGGUCAGCGGGAGGUCACACUUGCAGGUUUCAGGUCUGGCAAAUUCUCGACAUUAGUAGCCACAAAUGUGGCAGCUCGUGGACUGGAUAUCAAUGAUGUUCAAUUAAUUAUUCAGUGUGAACCUCCACGUGAUGUAGAAGACUAUAUCCAUCGAUCCGGACGCACAGGGAGAGCCGGCAAUUCUGGAGUUGCUGUAAUGCUUUAUGACCCUAGAAAGUCAAACAUAUCAAAGAUCGAAAGAGAAUCUGGGGUGAAAUUUGAGCAUGUUUCUGCUCCUCAGCCAAUUGACGUUGCCAAAGCUGCAGGUCUUAGUGCAGCAGAAAUGAUUACUAAUGUCUCUGAUAGCGUAAUUCCUGCAUUCAAGAGUGUUGCUCAGGAGCUUCUAAACACCUCAGGCCUAUCUGCAGUAGAUCUACUGUCAAAGGCUCUUGCUAAGGCUGCUGGCUACACCGAUGUAAAGAAGAGGUCACUUCUGAGUUCUAUGGAGAACCAUGUCACCGUACUGCUUGAAGCUGGAAAGCCCAUUUACACAGCAUCUUUUGCUUAUUCGGCCUUGAGGAGGUUCUUGCCGGAGGAGAAGGUCGAGUCAGUGAAGGGUAUGGCGCUAACAACUGAUGGAAAGGGUGCAGUGUUUGAUGUAGCUGCUGAAGAUUUGGAUAUGUUUCUUACUGGUUCGCAAAAUGCAGCUGGUAUCAGCAUACAGGUCUUGGACUCUUUGCCGAGUUUACAAGAAAAAGAAGCAAGGGGAGGAAGAUUUGGCGGUGGUGGCCGUGGUGGUAGUAGGUUUGGUGGAAGAGGAGGUGGCAGGGGUUUCUCUAAUGGAAGAAAUGAUAGGUUUGGUGGCGGCGGUGGCAGAGGCCGCGGCAACUACAACAGAUGGUGAAACCCAUUGUUAGUCAGCAAGUCAUCAAGUAACCUGUCCUGAGCAAACUACUAAUAAACGUUGCACUGACAAUUGCUUGAAGUGGCCGAGUGACUAAACUAGUUAUUCCAAGUGGAGGCAAGAGCACAUCCGACGAUGAAGAAAAAUAUUCAGUAGAGGGCCUUGAUUGGCUCAUCAUAGGUCUAUUUUUUGCUUGAUGCAUAUUCUGUCCACCCUAGUAUCUAUUUCAUUGUUACAAGUUUUUUGCUCUUGUUUAUUAGGGUUUGUUCUUUUUCCUUUUACUUUAGCAAGACUGGGAUUUUCCUGCUUCCCACAUUCUUAUAUGUAAGAUCACUGUUUGUUUACUGCAUUAAAAACAGAAUGCUAUUUAUAUUUUUUGA